AUGUGCUCUGUCUCAGGAACAAGAUUUCAAGAUGCAACCGCCCCAUCACCUUCUACUCACUUCCGGCUGCGUACUUCGGGCGAUUCAGAUGCUGUCGCAGCUAAAUGUACAGGGUUUGUUACCGUCCUAAGUCACCGGGUGAAAGAAUCCUUACUUGACCGAAUACUCGUUGGUAGUAGCCUAUGUACGUUUUGUCUAUUAAGGUCUGUGAAGGAGACUCACAAGCGAAUGGGUUGCUCGCUGUCUAUGAUGUCAGCUCACGCUCCUAAUGACGGCAGCUCUGACACCAUCAAAGGCAGGUUUCAUGAUAACCUGAAUGCCUUGUUGCGGUGUGCUUAUAGGCCAAGUAUCGUGGAGGUCGCCGGAGAUCUGAAUAUACAGAUGGAAAGGCUUAGCAUGUCUGAGACUGGAUUAGGUGGUCGACAUAGAUUGGAAUCGUUGUGUGUUGACCACAGACUGUUUUUGUGCCGCAGUACUAACUUCCGAAGUAACCAAAGUAGUCUGGCCAUAUGCUGUCCUCCAAAAGGGUACCGGCUGCGAGCUCAACUUGUUCACGUCGCUAUCAGUAACCGAUGGUGCAGCUUAAUAACCAAAUGCCGCAUUUAUUCUGACCACGAGCUCAUCCGGAGCCGCUUCUCCCUUCGUAUACCAGGGGCGCGUAAGCAGGAUGUCAGACGAGUUCAUUGUAGUCCUCCUCUGGAGUCUCUUCCAACUGCUCCAUUGUCAGAUGUGAACUCAUGCUGGAACGAGAUCAACUCUUCUUUGCACAGUGCUGAGAGUUGUGCCUGUGGCACGGCGCUACCGGGCCCAUUCAAACACUUGACAUCUAAACGAAAAGUCGCAAUGCUUGAAUUCCAUCCGGUCCCUUACGCAACUGGACCCGACGAUUACUGCCACCUUCACGUGGUGGUCGGGCUUGAGUGCUGCAAUGAUCCCGCGGGCUACACUGGCUGGAACUUCGUUCCACAAGGUGCAACCAUGCCAGGAAGGCCAAAGGGGAGCAGCGAGACCCCGCAAUACGAGCAAUCGUGGUACGGGGCGGUCUGGGGCGAUCCGUUGAGCGAUACUGGAGAGUGUCUCGCGAGACCCCCAAUCAUCGGUGAACGAAACUGUGGCAGCUACAACCAGUGUAUGACGAGUACGCGGUUCUUACAGCUGACAAUGAUGAUGAUGAUGACCUAUCACCGGGCCCAACUGUGA